CAUUGGUGCCCCGUUCUAAACACGGAUAAGUUUGGAAAAGUUUUUGCGUCCAUUCGCAACGAUAUUCAAGGAAAUAUUCAGAAAAUCUAUAAAAGAUACAAUGAAAACCCCGGAAAGAAUAGAUUUUUGGAAGACAUGCUUUUUGGAGAAAAAGCAGAAGGUGGACUCAUAAUAAAAGAUUCUUUGGAAUGGCUUAGACGAAAUUUACACUUCAUCUUACGGUUUUUGCAAUUAAUAAUCGAAGAUGCGGAUGUUGACAUUGUAGAACAGAAUUUUUCAUCGUAUUUAAGAGUUGCUUACUCAGAAACUUUACAAUCAUAUCAUGGAUGGAUGGGAUCGCACUUAUUUAAUAUAACGGAAUUUGCAAAUUUGGACAAUCACGACUCUCCUAUAAAGAAAUUGAACUGUAUAUGUACCACACUUGACUUGAUUUAUGCUGAUCUGAAAUACUUUUUGAUUAAAAUUUUCUGCAUAAAUUCAGAUUCCGAGCUCCAAAUACCCAUUGUGGAAGAGAGGGAUGUUUCAGCGAUCCUUUUGUAUGUAAUAAUUAAGGCAAAACCACUGCAUAUUAAAACUAAUAUUUAUUUAAUGGAAAACUUCGAAGAUACUUCAGCAGAAUACAACAAAAAGAGGGAAAUUUUGAAAAAAUUUAAAAGUGCCGUAGAUAAUCUUUUUCACUUAUCAAAGUCGUCUUUAAGGGCAGCGUAUGAAGAGGGCAUUAAAGAUUUAGACCUCAAACAGAUUAUUUCAUUAACAAAUAACAAGACCAAUUAUAAAGAGUUAUCUACACCAUUACAAUUACGUAAUUACGAGAUUUUAAAGCUUGUACUGUUAGCUACGAAUAUUUAAAAUGGUAUUUAAUAUUAUCUAUAGAGUAUUUAUUAUAAAUAAGUUACAUAAGUAGGUUGCUUAGCCACAAUAAUCUUAAAUUUAAAAUUAUGU